AAUUGGAUGUUAUAUUGGAUGAACAAAUGAUCUUUUUUCAAUAUAAAACUAUUACCAAAAUUUUAGCUUAUCAGCAUCAAUCAUUAAAAUAUAAACAAGAUAAUGUUUCUCUUUUAAUUCUGAUUGAAAAAGCAGAACUAGUUUCUCAUAUAGUAUUAAAUAAUUCAACUACUAGUUAUAUUAACAAAAAAUUUUUUAAGGCAUCUGAUUUACUUUCUAAUGAAUUUAAUGAAAUUAAUUCUGAAGCUAAUACUAAUAAUGAACUCAAAACUAACAUUAAUAAUAAAUCUGAAGCUAAAAAUGAUAAUAAA